AUGUACGUUACACACUCAACCACGAGACCACGAGGUGGAAAUUGAAACUGAACGUAAAACAUAACCUACGCUAGAAAACGUACACAUAAAACUGCAAAAAUGUAUUUGAUGUAUUAUUUAUCUGAAGACGGUGAACGAGUGUAUACAUUGGAGAAAAUCGAUCCAAAGGGAAAACCAACGUUAUCAGCGCAUCCUGCUCGUUUUUCUCCGGAAGAUAAAUAUUCAAGAGAAAGAAUUACAUUAAAAAGGAGAUAUGGUCUCUUACUCAUACAACAAUCAGUACCAUCUUAUUAACAAUUAUUUGUUAUUUAUAAUUAAAUGUACCGAAAUUCCAGAAUAAUCAAAUUAAAUAUUAAAUGCUAAAAUAAAUAUAUAUUUUAUUCUUAUCU